UCCUGGACUCCUCCCCGCGACGCGACGGCCGUCCCCUCGGUCGUCCGGUCGCCACACGUCUUCCACCUCGUCGCUCGUCGGCGAGGCGGGGAGCGGCGCCACCUCUUCCUUGAAUCCAACUAUUCAUCAGAAGGUACUCGGCCGAUCCGAUCCACCGGAUCGGCCGCCAAACCGCAUAUCUCCACGGUGGUGCAAGGGAAAGCCGGGGCAACACGAUGUUCUGCUGCGGUGGUACCGAGGAGGAUACGUACGCCGCACCUGCGAGCCGUCACCCAGCAGCACCUAGGAAUACGUCGCAACACAACGCAGGCCGCGGCAAACCAAGAGGGCCCAAUGCGCCGAGGAGCAGCGGGCCGCCGAAGGUCCUCCCCGUCGACGUGCCGGCCAUUUCCAUGGGCGAGCUGAACAACAUCACGGGGAGCUUCGGGCCGAAUGCCCUGAUCGGGGAAGGCUCCUACGGCAAAAUCUACCGCGCCGUGCUGACCUCCGGGGAGCCCGUCGCCAUCAAGAAGCUCGAUCCCAGCGUGUCCAGCGACUCUCUGGCUGACUUCUCUGCUCAGCUGUCGAUGGUCUCGAGGCUGAAGAACGAGUACUUCCUGCAGCUGAUGGGCUACUACCUGGACGACAGCCACAGGAUCCUCGUCUACCAGUUCGCCUCACACGGCUCGCUGCACGACACGCUGCACGGAAAGAAGGGCGUGAAGGACGCGACGCCGGGCCCGGCGCUGAGCUGGGCGCAGCGGGUGAAGAUCGCCUACGGCGCGGCGAGGGGACUCGAGUACCUGCACGAGAAGGUGCAGCCGUCCAUCGUGCACCGGGACGUGCGCUCCAGCAACGUCCUCCUCUUCGACGGCCACGACUCCAAGCUCGCCGACUUCAACCUCACCAGCCAGCCGCCCGACGGCGCCGCGCGGCUCCACUCCACGCGCGUCCUUGGCACCUUCGGCUACCAUGCUCCCGAGUACGCGAUGACUGGAGUGUUGACGCACAAGAGCGACGUGUAUAGCUUUGGAGUGAUACUGCUGGAGCUGCUAACCGGCAGGAAGCCCGUGGACCACACCAUGCCCAAGGGACAGCAAAGUCUGGUGACUUGGGCCACGCCGAGGUUGAGCGAGGACAAGGUCAGCCAAUGCGUGGACCCGAAGCUAGGGGACGACUAUCCUCCAAAAGCAGUAGCAAAGAUGGCGGCAGUGGCGGCGUUGUGUGUGCAGUACGAGUCGGAUUUCCGGCCGAACAUGACCAUCGUGGUGAAGGCGCUGCAGCCUCUUGUGAAGGCCGCCGCAGCCACAGCUGGGGGGGCCUAGCAGUACAUGAACAUGAUAGAUGAUAAUGAUACACAAGCAUAUAUAUCUCCAGCACAUGUCCUCCAAAGAUGUGUUCUUGGUUAUCUGUCGCUUGUGUGUACAUCUCACCUUCAGUGUGGUUGUAAUGCAACAUGUACUGACUGAUCAAUCUGCAAAGGAUUCAAGUGUUCAUCACCUUUUUGGGGACUCUUCAA